UGCUUUGCAACGAAUACAACAGACCAGCCCCUUUCUCUCAUCGUCUGAAUCUGCGUGUGCGUCUGGCUGGAGCAGAAGGAGUGGCUGAGAGCGCCGCAUCUCCUGUCUGAAUCUCAGCUGCACUUUGACUUUGGUUUCCCGCAGUCUCUCCCCACUGUAUCUCCAGUGGACUAAUUCAUGUUCAAUGGAAUUGAAUCUCAGGGUCUGACACUAAAGGGUUUCUAUUUUUACAGGCUGGUCGUCCUUCUAAGUAGUGAGUAAAACAACAGAAAGAGCACUGUCAGGUUGCUGGGUGUUAGCUAUUAUCAGAAACGAUGGGCACUGUACUCUCUUUAUCUCCGAGAACGGGCAAGGGAGGGACACUGGAUAAGAAGCAGGACGGUAGUUACUCGGCUAUCCCCAACAGCAAAAAUGGCAAGACAGAAAAAAGCCUGAAAAGACAUUCAGUGAUAAUUUCAGCCCUUACAUGGAAGAGGCUGGUGGCUGCCACAGCCAAGAAGAAAAGUGCCAAGAAGGUUAACCCGAAUAUUCCAACUUCGCAGGUAAACAACAAUCCAGUCGAGCAGCGGAACAACGAAAAUGUAAUAAAAUCACAGCAGCAACCCAGUCAAGAUCAGAAAGGGUCACAUCGGGACCAGAAAACUGGACCACUCGCGGUUCCGGUACCCACUGUCCCUAACCAGAGCCUACAGACGAAUCAAACUCAGAACGUAAUACAGAAUGGCCAACAGUUGAUCUCGGUCCAAAAGCAGCCCAGCAAAUCAGUGAUCUCACCAAGACGAGUGAUUGUUCAAGCAUCAACUGGGGAGCUGUUGCGCUGCCUGGGCGAGUUUAUGUGCCGAAGAUGCUACAAACUGAAGGAGCUGAGCCCCAACGAGAUCAUCCUAUGGUUCCGAAAUGUGGAUCGAUCCCUACUUGUUCAGGGCUGGCAGGACCAGGGCUUUAUAACCCCUGCUAACCUGGUGUUCGUCUAUUUACUUUGCAGAGAUGCUGUAAGCGACGAAAUCGCCAGCGAAUAUGAACUUCAAGCCACCUUUCUGACCUGCCUCUACUUGGCUUACUCAUACAUGGGUAACGAGAUUUCUUACCCGCUAAAACCCUUUCUAGUGGAGACCAACAAGGAGGUGUUCUGGGAGCGAUGCCUGCAGGUCAUUGACAAAAUGAGUGCCAACAUGCUGCUGAUCAAUUCAGAUCCGCAUUUCUUCACUCAGGUGUUCCAGGACCUGAAGAAUGAAGGGGAAACCAGGGAAGCGAAUGGACAUUGGACUACCAAUCUUGACCGUUAAAAAAGAAAGAUUUUAAAAAUAAAAUGGACAGAGUAUUUUUUUUUUUUUUUGCAGCAGCACCCAAUAAAACGACGGUGAUCGGGACUGUGGGGUAAAGGGUUAAAAUGAAGUAAUGUGCACUAGCCUGUGGAUCAAACUAGAAAGAGGUAUCUCUUGAUUGAUAAGAGAUAUUUCGUGUUGUAUAGCAAUGCAAAAUAUGCUGCUGUGAAUCACAGUACACCGGGAGAUUAUCUGGGAAGGGGUGGUUAAACAAAUGCAUGUCUAAGUUGUAUUCUAAAUGUACUUUCAUUGUGGCUUUCAAAUGGAUGGAAACGCAGAGCUGUAGUGGAGCAAUUACAAAUGUUAGCUAGUCUGUCAAUGUUUAGAAUAUUUAUUUAUAUAUUUAUUUAAUUUCGAGGGGAAGGGAAUGCUAGCGAGCAGUGUUCAUCUUCAGCAUUGAAAAGGGAGCUAACCAAGGUGCUGGCCUAUAAUAGACUUAUUGCACAUUACUGAACCUCAUAGAGUCUGUUUGAAUGUAAGAUUUUACAACAAAGUGUUACUACACCGUCCAAUGUG